AUGGCAUCAUCGAAUGUGAAGGCCGGAGGUUCAUGCUUAGUAUGUCGAAAACGUAAGGUAAAAUGUAAUAGAGCUAAACCUGUUUGCCGAUCUUGCGUCAAGCAUGGAUCGGCUUCUGAGUGUAGCUAUGAAGUGAAGAGAAGCAUAAAGUUUCUCCAUAUGGUUUACGCCAAUUCAAAGACUGAUGAGGCGGUUAAAAACAAAAUUCCGAAAUCCAAUCAAGAUAACUGUACUUCCAAAUUUGCGUACAUGACAGAUCAUGCAGAGCUUUCACAACCUACACAUAAGGGGGCCAUAGAUGCUCGAAACAAGGCAUUGUCGAGAUAUCGUGACAUGAAUUUCCAUGACGGUUAUGACGCCAUUGAGAUCAAGGCAGGUCGCCUAAUAUUUGCGGGACCCUUAAACUAUGCGACCAUCACCAGAAGAGAUCCAUUUCUUUACGUUAUCAUAGCAAUGAUUCGGAGGGAAAUGUAUAAGCUCCGUGAAAAUGGGAUUAGGGCGGCUAACCACACAGGCCAUAAAUACCCGGCCUUUUUUUAUACUCAGGAUGAAAUCGCCAAUCAAUUCAUGAUUUCGAGGAGAGUUCCGCCAGAAGUGCCCCAAUUUGAAGCCCUAAAGAAAUUUGAUCGUACUUCGCGGCCUCAGCCUCUCAAGCCUGAUAGCACUAUGCACAACUGCAUUGUUGAGGAAAACAGAUCAACUUUGUCAUCGCCGUUUGUUGAGGACACUACUGUAGAUGACAAAUUCAAACAGAAGCUUUUAGAAAACGAAGGGUUAGACGAGGCUAAGUCGGUCUCCAAUUGUGAAAAUUUGGGACGCAACCCCUUGUCAGUAGUUAAUUUACUGAACGAAGAGAGUAAGGUCAGAUCACUGAGAAAUAAUGCGGAUAAUGAAAGUGAUAAAAACAAAGACAUCGAAAUAUGGCGCAAAUUACAGUCAAUGCUCGCUACGUUGCAGCAACGACAGUUGAAGCAACAGAGUAAACAACCGGUAGAUAACACAACAUCAGAGAUAUGCCGGUCUGUAAUAAGGUACAUAAUGCCAGAACCUGAAAGAUCUGUGUUAUUAGCGGUUCAAGAGUUGCUUCCGCCUACAAGAUCGAUAUGGCUACAUUUGAGGAACUAUUUUCGCUCACCAUUACACGCUCUAUAUCCUAUAUUAAAUGAAGAUUGGUUUUGCGAUGGUUUGACGGGUGUGAUCGGUAAGCACAGUGUAUCCGAGAAACUACCUAUUUUAACAGUCACGAACAGGUAUGACUUCUCCAAGUUUGGAUGUCUGCUAUUAAUUUUGCGAUUGUCUUACCUCAUGUGCUCUGAUAAACCUUGUUUUAACUCGACUGACGACGAAAGAUAUCUCCUAUCACAUCCAAUUGGUACUGAAUUUGCAGAUACUGCACAGAUGUGUUUGAACUUGUUCAAACUUCAAAGAAAAGCACUGUUGCCUGUGUUGCACUGUGCUCUUCUUCUACACAUAUAUCGUCGCUAUGCGCCAGAAGAAGGUGACAUGGCUGAUGGCGGAGAUAUUGAACCCUUUUCAGGCUUGAUAAACGGAAUGGCUACUUCUAUCGGCCUUCAUACAGAGAUCGACUUCGCACAGCUCACUUAUUCAGACAUGUACCUACAAGCUUGGAGAAAAUGCUGGUAUACAAUAUAUUUGCUGGAUCUACAUGAGGGAAUGAACACCGGUAAAUCUCUAAUGAUUCACGAGCAUAGUUUCAAUACCAAGUUGCCAGAAGUGAAAGUUAAUGAAGACGGAAGUCUGCCAAAUUACAUAACGGACCCUGCGUUGGAAUUCGCUUCCAUAUGUUGCCUAAAGAAGAACUACGAAUUGUCACAUACCUGUAAAAAGCUAUUAAAAAUUGUUAUGAACAAGAAGUUUAAAACUAGCUGCACGGAGAUUCAGGCAUCAUGCGACGAACUUGAGAUUGCUCUAAAAACAAUGUACGGGAUUAACCUGCGCGAAAUUGUGCAAAGACCAUGCGAAACACCAAAUGACUCGGUCACAAAGUGCAAUGAUUUCAAAACAUUUAUCGAAGUAAAAUCCUUACUGUCUAUGGUAACUUUUCACAUGUUUCUUCAUAUCGACAAGUGUGCAGAUGAGGAGGGUGAUCAAGCAAGCGACGAUCUCACUUCUUUUCGCUAUCUUGAAAAACUUUUGAAAUAUUAUGUGGACAUUGAACCUGUCCUAGUUUUGUUAUAUGCUGACAGGGAUCGUUCUGAAAACGAGCCUGAUGUUUUUGACACUGUUUUUGGGAAGCGUUCGAGAGUUCUUAUAUUACAAUGUUGUGGAAUCUUUAUCGUUCGAUUGACGGUUAUUUUACAGUGCUUGCUUUCUAGACUGCAGCACUUGCGGUUGAACAGCGCUAUGCGUCCUGAUUCCAGAAAAGCUACCAAGGACACAGAUGGCGAUCUUAGCAUCUCGGAUACUGUUGAUACUUUGAUUGCACUAUCUUUGGAAAAGCUCUCAAAUAUUAACAUAAUCACUCAGUCUCUAAGCCAAACUUAUUUCUAUGCUUGGAGAAUGUCAAAAGGUUACUCUUACGUGUAUGACGUACUUGCGAGUGAAGAUAGCAUUCUAGAUCGCAAUUCUAGCAAAAAUCGAGAGCAUUCGAUGCUAGAUAAAGAACAUGGCCAGACUGAGACUCGGAGUCCCAAUUUAACUAUGAAACCUUACAAUCUUAUUCCAGUUAGAAACAGUCUCGUUUUUGCCAAGCUAUCUGAUUUAAAAAAUCUGCUUUCCAUUCUUGGAUCUACUGAUUGGCAAAUGUUUUCUCCACUUUUGAAUUGCAUCAAGUCAAAGACUUUGUUUAUGGGUGCAGAAGAAAUCUUUAAAAGGAAACACGAUUCACAAGGGUUCGAAACUGUUCCACGGGCUUCUUCCAAGCAAGCAAACUUCGAGGAUGAUUCCGAUACCAAUACAGAAGCAGCAUAUUUUGAAAGUUUUCCAGGCGCUAAUCAUUCCACUUCGGUAGGCUUGUCAGAACAGCAGCCCCCGCGACAGUCAGAGGAUCACAUUGCUUCGGAUGAAAUCGACACAUUUUGGUACAACACAAUGCUUCGUAAUGCGAACAUGAGCGCAGAUUUAUCAUGUGCCAAGGGAGGGCUUCGGCGGGAUCCUGAGCCUGCCAAAAACGAUAGUAUGCCAAUUGAAAAGUCAUCAUUAAGUAGAUAUGAACGCGACGAUACCGCUAAUAUGAAAGGCCCACCUCAAGAAGCUGUAGAACUCGACGAAUUGUUGAGCAACCAAACACUUCUUCGAGAGCACGUUAUGCAGCAAUUGCAGCAGCUUACCGGUGAAGAACAGCACCAAACUACUGGUGUUGACUUGAAGUCGCCACAUUCACCAACCAGAGUUUUCAGUGCCGGGCAACCCAACGAAAAUAAUACCCGCAUAGAACGAACGUUUGGUUUAAACGACUUCGAUAUAUUCUUUCCUACUUUUAACGCGUUUAUCGACGACGCCAAUCUCAACUAA